GGUGAAAGAAGUUCGUGAAAGAGGCAUCAUGGCGCUGUUCCCGCUGCUCAACCGUGGUUCCUUGGGUCCCUCUGACUUGGUGAGGCGUUUCUUGGACGACGACUUCGGCGGUUCCUUUCUUGACGGCGAGCUGUUCGACCCGCCGUUCUACCACCAGCGGUUCUACAUCCAGCCGCGACACGAGCAACCGUCGGGCGUCGUCUGCCCCGCUCGCCAGCAGGGAACUUCUGUCGCCUGCACGCCGGACAAAUUCGCCAUCAACGUCGACACCCGGAACUUCACUCCGGAGGAGAUCUCCGUCAAGACGCAGGACAACUGCGUCGUCAUUCACGGCAAGCACGAAGAGAAGUCCGACGACCGCGGCUGCUACGUGAAGCGCGAAUUCACCCGCCGCUACGUUCUGCCCGAAGACGUCGACCCCGAGUCGGUGAAGUGCCAGCUCAAGCCCAACGGAGUGCUAGCCCUGGAAGCACCGAGAAAGAACGCGCCCAAGGAGCAGCCCAAGGCCAUCCCGAUUGAAGUUAAGCACGAAGGUGCCAGCGUCGACGUCGCUAAGAAGUGAGCCUGCGCGCCUGGCGACUCUAGUCACUCGUUGUAGUGAGAACGUUCUUCCUGGUUCUGUCAUAAACUGUCCGGUGUGUGUUGGCGGAGAGACCGAACGGAAGUCUCCCGCAUUUGUACUGCCUUGAUAUAUAUAUAUUUUUUUUCUACUAGUCCAGAUGACUGCUGUAUCAUUUCUCUGUGUGCUCCGUAUGUGAAUAAACAUGGGAAGCAUCCUACUUUUU